AUGCCUACCAUCACAGUCGACAAGGCUGCCCUUUUCAAGGCGUUGGGCAAGGAUUACACUACGGAGGAGUUUGACGAGCUCUGCUUUGAUUUCGGCAUAGAGCUUGAUGAAGACACUUCACUCAGUGAGCGGCCUGUGAUUAACGGCAAGCAAGAACCACCGCAAUUGAAAAUUGAGAUUCCAGCCAAUCGAUAUGACAUGUUAUGUUUCGAGGGCAUUCAACUCAUGCUCAAUAUCUUCAACCACAAAGUGCCCACGCCAAAGUAUGUCUUGAAAGCGCCGCCAAAAGGCCAGCUACAAACAAUCACAGUCUCCAAGGACACCGCCAGGAUACGACCAUACGUGUCAGGAGCCGUUCUACGGAACGUCAAGUUCGAUGAGUCGAGAUAUGCCUCCUUCAUCGACCUUCAGGACAAGCUGCACCAAAACCUGGCUCGGCAGCGGACGCUUGUCUCCAUCGGUACCCACGACUUGGAUACGAUCAAAGGACCUUUCACCUACGAGGCACUACCGCCGAAAGACAUCAAGUUCGUACCUCUCAAUCAAACGAAGGAGAUGAAUGGGGAAGAACUUAUGGCGUUCUACGACAAGGACAAACACCUUGGCCGGUAUCUGCACAUCAUUCGCGACUCUCCUGUGUAUCCUGUGAUAUACGACUCCAACCGCAAUGUGUGCUCUCUACCGCCAAUUAUCAAUGGAGACUUGAGCAAAAUCACGCUCGACACAAAAAAUGUUUUCAUCGAGGUUACAGCGACCGACAAGACCAAGUUGGAUGUCGUUGUCAACAUCAUGGUCAGCAUGUUCUCUCAGUACACGGCGGAAAAGUUCACUAUCGAGCCCAUCCAAAUCAUAUCGGAGCACAACGGCGAAUCGAGACAAGCGCCCGACCUUACACCACGCGCCACACAAGCUGAAGUCGACUACAUCAAUGCAUGCUGCGGUCUUUCCCUUUCAGCUCAGGAGAUUUGCGACCUUCUUACCCGCAUGUCUUACACCGCCCGACCUUCCAAAUCAGACCCCAACUUGAUCGACGUGGACGUCCCUCCCACACGAGCAGACGUGCUGCAUCAAGCCGACAUCAUGGAGGACGUGUGCAUUGCAUAUGGCUUCAACAAACUUCCCAGAGCAUUCCCCAAAGUUUCCGCCACAAUUGCCGCCCCGCUUGCGAUCAACAAGCUCUCAGACAUUCUUCGACUCGAAGCUGCCAUGGCCGGCUGGGCGGAAGUUCUACCGUUGAUUCUAUGCUCGCACGACGAAAACUUCGCCUGGCUGAAUCGCAAGGAUGACGGCAAAACCGCCGUCAAACUGGCCAAUCCCAAGACGGCGGAGUAUCAAGUCGUGAGGACGACACUGCUGCCAGGUCUGCUGAAGACGAUCCGUGAGAAUAAGCACCACUCAAUACCUAUAAAGAUUUUUGAAGUUAGUGAUGUUGCAUUCAAGGACGAGUCAUUGGAACGCAAAUCGCGCAAUGAGCGCCACUUUGCGGCCGCAUGGUGUGGCAAGACAUCGGGCUUCGAGGUGGUCCAUGGCCUGUUGGAUCGCUUGAUGGCCAUGUUGAAGGCCGCAUUCAUCACGCACGAAGAAGGGUUGGAGAUCAAGAAUGGAAAGCCGCAGGGUAUGGAAUACUGGAUUCAAGAACUCGACGAUGCCACCUAUCUCCCUGGCCACGGUGCGAGCAUUCAUGCCAGAAUCGCCGGGCAGGACAUCGUCAUUGGCAGUUUCGGCAUCCUGCACCCUACAGUUCUGGAGAAGUUCGAGCUGAAAUACCCUGUCAGUGCGCUCGAGUUCAAUGCCGAGGUUUUCCUGUGA